AACAUCACCUCAGACCUUCAGGGCGAUAUUUUGCUACCGAUUCGCUUCCCAUUGCCCUUCCAAUUGUACCUCAUACAAUACAGCAACAAAAGUCAAAAUGCACGCUACCAUUGCCAGAAGAAUGUUCCGCCCUACGGCUCGCAUGAUGCGUCCCGUUCCCAAGGAGGACCAGGCCGGCCACACCGUUUCCCAGCGCCUCCGCAAGCUCAAGGAUAUCCCUGCUGAGUUGAUUCCUCUUGGUGUCGUUGUUGGCUUUGCCAUUUUCGCUGCCGGUUACUCGAGCAUCCGCAAAUUCGUCGUCGACAAGACUCUCAGACUCUCCCGCCAAGGUCCUGCUGGCCGCGCCGAACACCAUUAAAUCAACCACAAUAGAGGCACAACGCCAUCAGUUUCUUUGUUUCAGGGAAGCGGAGAGAGGGACACAUUGUACAUGUUUAAAGAGUAGGUAUAGUCGUGGAAAGAAGCAAGAAUACAAUAAAACCAGGCUCUAUUGCCCCCAUUCACAAAUC